GGAACGUGUGGGUUGUACUCAGAGGUACAAUAAGUUCAGUGAUGCUAUUUAAUCAAAUUCGAAAGAAUCAAAACAAGGAAACCCUCGUCCUCCGAUCAUCAGACAAAAAACAGAGUUAAAAAAGUUGAUAUUUUUAACAAACAUUUCUGCUUUGGUCGCUCAGUAGCCUUUUCCUCUUCAUCUUGUUGGUGACUCCUUCCAACCUCUUUGGCUCUCUGGGUCUCAUCCUAGCAAUGUCUCAAACAAGGGAACCUCCUCCUCGUCGGAUCCUCCGACAAAACAAGAACCAUCUCCCACACGACAUCGUACUCAACAUCUUGGCAAGGCUGCCUGUCAAAUCAGUCCUAAGAUUCAGGUGCGUCUCCAAAAACUGGUACUCCUCUAUCGCCACUCCUAAUUUCAUCUCCAACCACCUUAUUUAUCACAAAAACAACAACAACGACAACGACAACUUAGCUUAUUUCAUAAAAAUUCCUCCUACUAUUGCUUCUCCUCUUAACAACAACAUCCCAAUCUUUAUCGGUGGUUACGACCACGCAUUUAAUAGGAUUUCCGAGUAUCCAAUUCCCUUUGCUUUUCUUGUAUCUUAUGCCCUAUCAGCUGGUUCAUGCAAUGGCCUGGUGUGUCUCUAUCAAUUUAGAGACGAUCCCACUAAUGUUGAUUCUAUAUAUUUGUGGAACCCCAGCAUUAGAAAAGUUAAGAGGUUGCCUGAUUCUAUAUAUUCCUUUACACAUUUUCAUCGGGUUUCUACUGAAUUGGCUUAUCAGUCUGAGACCAAUGACUACAAGGUUGUCAAUAUCUAUCAAAUGCUUGCUCCCAACCACCGUGGGUUUGAGGUUGAGGCUGAGGUUUACACAUUAAGCUCUAACUCUUGGAGAAAGAUUGGAAUCUCAUUGACAAACAAUAUUGUGGUCUCCCCUUUCACCAAUAAAACUUCCACAUUUGUUAGUGGGGCUUUGCAUUGGUUGGGAUACAUUUCUGAAGCCGCAUUUCCUUACGUGAUUUUGUCAUUUGAUGUCAAUAAUGAUAAAUUUGGAGAGAUAGCAUUUCCUGAUGUACAACAACUGCUACCACAAGGUCUAAUGGCGAUACCAAAUUCUCUGAUGGUGUUCAAGGGGAAACUGGCCUUCAUUACAUUGGGUUACCUCCACAUCAGUGGUGUCAUCAACUAUGAAUACAGAGACUUUGUGAGUUCUCAUCGUAAUUCAUGCUUCAUAUGGGUGAUGAGGGAGUAUGGUGUGCACGAAUCAUGGAGUAAACUUUUUUUUGUCAAGUUUGAAAAUGUUAACUAUGUACAUUUCUUGGGUUGCACCAGUCACGGUGAACUGCUAGUUAUAAAGAAUGGAGUUUAUCCCAAAUCCAACGCUGAACAGAGACGCAAGGUGAUUGUUUCGCUUGACCUUGAAACUUUACAUGAGAAGGAUCUUGGUUUCCAGAAUGCUCCACAUAUAGCUAAUUCUUUCAUGGAAAGCCUUGUGUUACUUGAUGGAACAACUGAGCUAUCUGGAUAAGAAGUGAAAUCUUAGUGAUAAUCGUAGGAUUUUGUUAUGUAAUUGUGAUACAAAUGAGACUGUUAUCAUGUUGUUUCCUUUGGUAUCAUUUUGUUUUAAGGUAGGCAGAAAAGUAUUGAUGUAAUGUAGGUGAAUUUUAUUCUUGAUUUGUAUCAAACAUUAAUGAUUCUUAGGAAUCUCAUAUUA